GGAAAUCUGAAUAAAGGUUGCGGAUGAUAGCUUCUCUCCAUAUAUACGCAUAUACUCUCUAUCUCGCAAAUUAUAUCUCAUCUCUCCACAAAAAAAUUGGACAGUGGACAGGGAGAAAGGAGGCAAUACUCCGAAUUAGAAAGAGAAUCGGAAGCAUCGACAACCAUGCACAAAGGAGGAGAAGUGAGGCGUCUUCACAUCAUUUACUUCCUUAGUCGUCUUGGCCGCAUCGAGCAACCUCAUCUCAUAAGGGUUCACCAUCUCUAUCGAAACGGCGUUUAUCUCCGAGAUGUGAAGAGAUGGAUGGCUGAUCUGCGAGGAAAAGACAUGCCAGAAUCAUUUUCUUGGUCUUACAAGAGGAAAUACAAGAAUGGUUACGUUUGGCAAGAUUUACUGGAUGAUGAUCUCAUUACCCCAAUCUCCGACAAUGAAUACGUUCUCAAAGGAUCUGAAAUUUUUCCUGCCAUUUCUUUUGAUGAUGACAAGAAAGUUUCCAUGCUAAAAAAUGACAAGAAUGUCCAAGUUGGGAAUCAAAUUGACGACAAUCAGCUGCAAGAGAAACAAGAAUCCCCAGAUCCUAGUAGAAUCCGUAUCCCUACGAAAGCGCCGUCUGAAAAUUAUGAAGGACCACCCAUAUUCAUAUUCAGUUCAGAGGAGUCCACAUCAAGUGAUGAUUUAAUUACUAAGCAAGAACAAGAUGAAAGCAAACAAGGAAUGGACAAUUUUGAGUCUCUUUCGUCAUCUUGCUUUCGUUCUAACCCGCUACUGGGUGAAAGGAAUAAGAAGAACAAGAAGACGAACAUCAAAGAGUACAAUGACAGCAGCAGUAGCAUUGAAAAGAUGGACAGCUUAAGUUCACCAUUCUCACUUUCACCGCAAUCACAGUUUGCAAAGAGUAAGAGCCAUUCAACUGGAGCUUCCAAAAUGCUUCGAAGCUUGAUGACUUGUGGUGCUGUGGACACAAAAGAUGCUGCUCUGGUUGCAAUUAAUGUAUAUUCUCCUUCCUUGAAUAAAGCUGACAUUUGCUCUACCAGAGUUCUCGGUACUUCGUGGAGUCAGCAACAACAAUACAAUUCUCGGAGAAGUUCUGAUGGAGCUAAGAACUCAGAGAAAAAGCAGCAAAGCAGAUUUAGUAAUCCAAAAGAAGUUCCUGCUGCUUACAAGCCAGUCGGUGCACCCACCUGCUCGCAAUGUGGAAAGUCGUUCAAGCCAGAGAAAUUGUACACACACAUGAAGGCCUGUAAAGGAAUGAAAACGUCUGCAAAAACUGCUGCAGCUUCAGUCAGGAACCCACCACCGCCUUCGGGGAAUUCAAUGAAUCAUCUAAUGGCUAUUUCCUGACCAACUGACUUUUGAAUAUCAAUAGGUGAUUUCCAUUAUAGUGUGGGAAAAUAUGUAUUUCAUAGCUUACCGGUAAAAUUAGAGUACAGGGACACGUUAUCAAAUUCUUUAGAGAACAGGAAAUAACAUGCUCCUACAUUUGCUUCAAAAGUAAUAUCUUUUAGAAGGUUAAAAGCUCAUUAUCACAUAUUAACUUCACUUGAGGGUAACCUCUUUCUGGAAAAUCGACUUUUCAAGGAUGGCUGGAAUUCACUUCACCUGGUAACAUAUGCCUGCACAGAAAACAA